AUGGUGGUCACCAAGCCUCAGGGGGAGAACACAGACGUGCUUCACAAACCUAAGGAGGGGGAAAGAUCAUCACAAGAUCAGCAAUAUCAUAUUGGACAUGGACAAACAAUGAAGAUCCCCACACGUUCUGGAGGUUAUCCAAGUCAUCCAGGUCUUCACGGUUUUCGCGGUCUUCCCGGUCCUCCUGCUCCUGUUUCCCACAGAUUUGUGCUGAAAACAGAGAAUCAGUCUCUUUCACUUUGCUUUGACAUUCAUGGAGAGGUCCUCCUUAAACUUCUUCACGAUCCCAGCAAAGAGCUGUAUGUGAAUGGUAAGCUGGAUUCAGUACAAAAUGGAGGCUUCAAAAAGAUUGUCAUCCAUGUCCAAACUGACCUGCUUGUCAAGGUUGACACAAAUGAAGUUACUGUCCAAGAAGGACAGGCAGCUGCACGCACAGUUGGAGAAGAUCCCGUCACAGUUGGAAGUUUGACUGUAAUCAAUCAUGGCAAUAAAAUAGAUAUUGCAGUCGGAGAUGUGCGCAUUGUCAUCUUAGUUCACGGGAACAACAACAAAUUCCUUUGGCCCGUUUUAAGACAGAGGCCAUCUGCCAACAGUACUGAAGGAAUUUUAGCUUUGAAGCCAGCAGUCUAUCAGGAGGUACAACAAGUUCCCGGAACCAAACUGAGGAUCAAUGAUCAAGAAAUUCAUGUCACGAGGUACAUUUUGUACAUGUGUAAUUUGAAACUUGUUUUGGAUUUUCUGAGCUCAGAAAACACAAAAUGUAACCUCCUCCUUUCCUUUCGUCUGUAGUUCUGGUGCUUUUGACUACAGUACCAGCUCUUCUGCACAAAUUCGCUGCUGGCUCAUUUCAGCUGACUUCGUCCUGCAGAGACCUGUGAAUGAUUUUGUUGUUGCCAAACUUUAAUUAGGGAUGAUUUGGAAAGCAUGCAUUUCAAAAGACAAAAAUAAGAAAAAAAAAAUGCCAUAACACAUUACUACAAUACACAAAUAGAUUGUAUACCAAUUUUUUGCAUUAUUGAUUUUUAAAUAUAUGUAAUACACUAUAAUGC